AAAAGGUGUCUUACCUGUGUGAUCAGUUCGCUCUCGGACGCGCUUCCGUACGCACACCUCCCCGUCGCCGGCUCGACCCGUCCCGUUAGCACGUGAAACAAAAAUGUAAUUAUUUUAAAUAUCGAACAUUCGAACAAUAAAAUAUUCAAAUGCUAAAAUUAGCACGACAGUGUAAAUAAAAUUUGAAUGUAAAUAUUUUAGCAGUGUAAAUAAUAAUUGUGAGUGUAAAUAUUAUAAAAAAAAUAGUUGAUUUUUUAAAUUAUUUUGUAAAAUAAAAUCCUGUGAUAUUAGUAUAUUAAGGUGCCCAGUAUACGCAAAGACGGCAGCAUGGUUGGAGCCCCUGAUGUUGUCAAACCAUCAGAAAAGGUCGAAGAUCAAUCGCCAUACGUCAACGGUAACCCAGUUUUUACUAUCAGCGAUGAAAUUGGUGGACAAGACAACUACACUAUGGCGUCGAUAAAUUCAAAUGAAAAAAGUCCGGGAGAUCCACCGGAUAAAAAAUUAGCCGAAGCAGAUGCAGAAAAACAACCACUAUCAGGAAAGAAAGAGGAACGAUGGUGGACAACGUUGAUGCAAGUGGCUGUGCCAUUCUUCAUAGCUGGAUGUGGUACGAUCGGAGCUGGAUUAGUUUUGGGUCAUGUCAAGGAAUGGGAUGUGUUCGUCAACGUGUCAGCCAUAUUUGUUUUGGUGCCGUCUCUCUCUGGUCUUAAAGGUAAUCUAGACAUGUGUCUAGCAUCCAGACUGUCCACUCAGGCGAACCUUGGCAACAUGUCGUCAACACGAGAAGUCAUAUCCAUGGUUGUCGGAAACAUAUCACUAGUUCAGGUGCAAGCGAUAGUAGCAGCGACGGUGGUGUCGAUAUUCGCGAUCAUCGUCAACAUAAUCACCGACCGAGCCAUCAACGGUUCCUUCGUACUCCUGCUGAUUGCUUCCGCAGUCUUCACAGCUACCACCACCUGCUUCGUCUUGGAUUUCGUGAUGGUGAUGGUGAUCUACGGUUCGCACAAAUUCAAGGUGAAUCCGGACAACGUGGCGACACCACUAGCGGCAUCUAUCGGUGACAUUGUCAGCAACACCGUGCUCGCGGUCACUGCAGAGUACAUGUAUGAGCAAAUACAAAUAUCGUUAUGGCAGCCAAUUGCUUUAAUGUGCGUCUACUACAGUCUACUACCCCUUUGGGUCUUCAUCGUAUGGCGCAACAAGUACACCAAAAAGGUUCUCACCAGUGGAUGGACUCCAGUUAUCUCAGCACUCUUCAUUAGUGGUAUCGGAGGUAUCGUCUUGGACAAAGCAGUGGACAGCUACCCCGGCUACGAAGUCUUCCAGCCUAUUGUCAACGGCAUCGGUGGAAACCUGGUCUGCGUCCAAUCUUCAAGAUUGGCUACCCAUCUGCAUCAGACUGCCAUUCCUGGAGAACUACCUGAGAACACCAGGCUUGUUGAAUGGCCAUGGAAGACGCUGUUCUAUGGAACUAAAGCAGCUAAGGUGGCUCGUAUGCUGUUGAUCCUGGCGUUGUUCGGUCAGAUUAUCUUCAUGGUAGUGGCGGACUUUGUCUACCAAGGCGUGGUUACCUUACAAGUGCCCUUCGGAAUCACUUACCUUAUGUGCUCAUUGUUGCAAGUCAUGGUAUUGUUGUACCUAGCUUACAUGCUAGUCCACCUCAUGUGGAAGAAGAAGAAGGAUCCGGACAACGCAGCCAUCCCCUACCUGACCGCUCUGGGAGAUCUCCUCGGAUCAGUCUUCUUGGGACUUACCUUCGUGAUCCUCUCUAUCUUCGGCAUGCAAUACGGUAACAAUGUCCAGUGAAUGUUUACGGUACACCUGAAGGUUUACUAAAGGAAGAAGAAAUAUGGAUCUUUGGACCUAACAGUCUCAUCUAGCGUCAAAAAAUUAUGAUCCCCUUCAUAGUUUUUGGUGUACAUUAUAUUCAAUAGUCUUGUAUUUUUAAACAGGUGAUCUGUAAGACUUGUUGCAAGACUUUGAUUGUGGAUGGAGACGUUCCUUUAAGGAUCAGUACUGAAACGUUAUCUUGAUGUUCCUUCUAGCUGUGCAACGUUUAGCAUAGCUAGCCAAUACGAAGUAAUACCAAAGGCAAUGGAAUCACUCAUAGGGGUUUCACAAGCUUUUUAUAUUUCAUCGAUUUGCUUUAAGAUAAUAAAAUUUGGCCAGAUUAAGAUAAUAAGGAUAUCAAUCCUAUCAGUAUUGGUAUUAAUUCAAAUUUAAACGAACGUCAUGUCAAUUGGUGUGCCAAUAUCGAUGAUAUCAACAUUUUAAACUUUUUAAACGCGACAGUAUUGAAAUUUUUCAAAGAUUUAUCGUUUUAUUUUGAACAUUAUUUAUUGAUAUUUUGAAGGAUUCUUGUUGAGGUAUCGCUCUUUGUUAGAGUUGACAUCCUGAGAGUCAAACUGUGAUAUAGUGAAAUGUAAAAAUGUGAUCUUCGCAAUUAUUUUAAAUGUUUUGACAUCAAUUUAUAAUGAGAAUGAAGGACAAUAAAUUGAGUGGAAUGAGAUGAAAUACAACAGAUAAGUAAGGAAAUGUUACCAUAGUUAAAUUGACUCUCUUAAUUUUGAAGUUUUUUAAUAUUUUUCCCAUCAGCGCUCUUAUAGAAUCGAAGUAUUUUUAAUCGACUUUGUUGAUUGUUUUUUUUUAAUGUUUUAACGGACUUUUUAAGGAACUUAUUUGAAUAAUUUGUAAUGAAAUGGUUGGCAGUGAGGCUCUCGAACUACAGUAGAAUACAAAAGGUUCCUACACAUGUAUUCUCCUGUUCGAUCUUACUUUUUAGGUGUCAUAUCCCAAUAUAGUAACGAGAAAAUGGCGAUACUUAGUUCUAGAUACAUUUUUGUAGAUAGGUGUGUAAAUAUUAACUUAUAAUUGUCAUUGUGAUUAUGUACCAUCAUGUUUAUUCGUACUUAUGUGAUAUUUAGAACUAUUUUUACGCUUGGUUUUUUAAAACAGCUCAUGUAAGGUAAAAAAAUCUUAGGUAUUAUCCAAACCAUCCCCUCUGUUCUUUGAAAUUUUCGUUUAACUAUCACAAUUAAAUUUACUGGUCAGGUACCAUUUUAUACUAAAUCUAAGGUCAAUCGAUUGUGGUGUAUCGAUGUAUUCCAUUAAGCAAUCAUUCGCCAAUCUCAAGGCGUUGCACGUAAACUCAUUUGUUGUCAACUUCCCGCCAUCUUUGUUUUUGUCUCAGCCCACCUUGACCAAUGAGGUUCAUUGCCUUACGGAAUAAAUAAAUAUCAAAUUCUAAAUUUGAAUUUGUGUAAUUGUUUUUUUUUUUUACAUUUAGGGCCUGUUUAAUUUUGUCUUAAUAGAU